UUCUGGACCAUCAAGAGUUGGGGAGCCGGCGCUGAUUCGCCAUGUCAUUCAUAUUCAUCAACCGGUCAAUCAAGCCAUCAAUCGAAUCAGAUGAGUCGAAUGCGAUCAACCAGCAAAUGACUAGUAGUAGGUGAACUGUCGAUGGCCAAACAAGGGUCUGGAUCCUUUUGGUCCCAGUACGUGUGCUACGCUGUGAUCCUACAGUUCUUACUUUGCAGUCGUGGACUGGUUCGAUCCUUGCCUUGCCCCUGGCUGGGGACCCCCCCCUGCAGGCCGUUACUAUCGGCAUCGACUGGACGUAAAGGCGUUUUGGGAGCCAGAUGCGGCGUCGGUAAACUGAGGCAUGCGCCGAGAAGGCAAAAAAGGAAAGUCGGCAUGUCUGCCUGUGUGGCCCCCUCUCACUCUUCGCGCCAGGCGAGGCGAUGCGAGGCGAUGAGAUGCGGUGCAGUUUGAAAUUGAUGCACCAAAACCCCCCCUACCAUCCC